AUGCAGGUGAUGAACUUUUGCACAAAGACGGUGCUCGCUGUCGUACUAGUCGAGAUGUCCUGGUGGACGUCGGCCUCAGAAGUGCCGAAACAACUUGAGGGCAAUCUAAUGUCGAUGUUAGGACUCCACAAAGGGCGAAAGAUUGACCGCAGCAAGAUUAUAAUUCCCAAAGAGAUGGUCGAUCUCUACGAGAGGCAGACUGGUCAAAAACUUGACACCACGUCCAUCCUGAAACCUGGAGUACACACCCACACUGCGAACACGAUGCGAAGCUUCACACAUAUAGAAAGCCCAAUCGAUGCUCGUUUUCGUGGACAUCAUAAGUUUCGUUUGAAAUUCGACGUGACUAACAUACCAGAAGGAGAGCGCUUGAAAGCAGCUGAACUCACUCUCAACAGGGACGUGGUGAAUUGGUUGGCGCAUGAAGACCAAGACGACUUCUACCAGCAGGUUUUAGUAUAUGAUAUAAGGAAAGUGGGCAUCAAAGGGAAACAACGUCCAACGAAAAUAUUGAUCGACUCAAAACCGGUGGACAUUAGAUUGAACAAGACGGUGAGUUUAGAUGUGUUGACCGCAGUGCGUAGAUGGAUGGCGACACCGAAGAGUAACAACGGGUUGCUGGUGGAGAUCACUGGACACGGGAAGAAAAAACCUUCGAAACAUGUGAGAUUGCCGUUGGCAGCGAAGAGGGCACGUAGGGCAUCCAACAGGAGGAAGAAGGGUAAGACGCGCAAAAUCUGCAGGAGGCACUCGAUGUACGUGAACUUCGCAGACUUCGGUUGGGACAGUUGGAUCUUAAAACCAGAUGGUUACGAUGCCUUUUAUUGCCACGGGGAAUGCAGUUUCCCUCUGGCAGGGCACCUUAAUACGACGAACCACGCAAUUGUGCAGUCCCUCGUUCAUUCCGUGAACCCCCGCAAUGCUACCAAUCCGUGCUGCGUUCCAACGGAGUUGAACAGCAUGUCCAUGCUCUACUUGGAAGACGAAGGAAGCCUGGUGCUCAAAAACUACAAGGAAAUGACAGUCCUCGGCUGCGGGUGUCGGUAGUGCACAGUUUAUUUAUUCCGCGUCUGUGAUCUGACUUUUUAAGGAGGCUACUGUAGUUUAAGGAUUGAUCCCCGCGCGGCUCAACGAUACAAACAAAAGCAACCCUCCCGUUGA